UACUCACCCCCGCCAAACCCAACCAUCUCACCAACAAAACAUCGGACCAGAAAUUGGAAGGGGGAUUUUAAGAUAGGAAUUUGGAUAGGACUAUGAAGAGUUGCUGGGCUGUGCCUAAAAAAACAGGAGAGAGAAAGUGAGCCACCAACGCACGCCCACCUCCCAUUCCUCUCUCUCUCUCCACCUCUGCAUAGUGCAUAGAAUGGCCGUCUUAUCCCUCCGCUCUCCUCCUUCUCUCUCCUCCUCCUCCCUCCACCCCACCAACAAUGCCACAUCCCCCACCCGCCUCACCCUGCGCGCCCCCACCCGUCCCCACAGAUCAAUCAAGGCCCUCUCCUCCCCAACCCCAGCAGCCCUAACCCAAGACGACCUCAAAAGACUGGCGGCCGAUAAGGCCGUCGAGUACGUGCGCAGCGGAAUGGUCCUCGGCCUCGGCACGGGCUCCACCGCCGCCUUCGUCGUCGCCAAGCUCGGCGCCCUCCUUAAAUCCGGUGAAUUGACCGACAUCGUCGGCGUGCCCACCUCGAAGCGCACCCAGGAGCAGGCCGCCUCCCUCGGCAUCCCCCUCUCCGUCCUUGACGACCACCCGAAGCUCGACCUCGCCAUCGACGGCGCCGACGAGGUCGACCCCAACCUCGACCUCGUCAAGGGCCGCGGCGGCGCCCUCCUCAGAGAGAAGAUGGUCGAGGCCGCCUCGGAGAAGUUCGUCGUCGUCGUCGAUGACUCCAAAUUGGUCACUGGUCUAGGGGGAAGUGGCUUGGCGAUGCCGGUGGAGGUGGUGCAGUUCUGCUGGAAGUAUAAUUUGGUUAGGUUGCAGGGACUGUUUGAUGAGUUAGGGUGUGAGGCUAAGCUGAGAUUGGAUGGGGGAAAACCCUACGUGACCGAUAACAUGAAUUAUAUUGUGGAUUUGUAUUUCAAGACUCCGAUUAGGGAUUCGGAGGCGGCCGGGAGGGAGAUUUCGGCCUUUGAAGGGGUGGUGGAGCAUGGGUUGUUCCUCGGGAUGACGACCGCGGUCAUCAUUGCCGGGAAGGAUGGAGUGAGUGUCAAGGCCAAGUGAUGGGUUUUUCUCGUGCGUUGGAUUUGGUGAGAAACUGGACCUUUCACUCUGUCUCCUAAUUUUUUGUUCUAAUACCAAUAUAAACUGUAUAAAUUGUUUGGUGAUAAUUAUGGCCUUCUCCGUUGUAACACUAUGGGAUUGGUCACCUUAAUUCUUGCAAUGUUGUAUUUCAAUGACGGUUUUCUUUGUGGGAUGUAAUUUAGUGUAACAUGGAAAAUUUCUCUGAGAGAAAUCGGCGAAGAAAAGAACGACGGCCAUUUUAAAUUUGUGACUUGCAUUAUGGCAUAAUGUCAUUGUACUAUUGUAGUAUCAAUUUUUGGAUAAUGGAAACUGUAUGGCUUCUGUGCUUUUUACCGGCCUUA